UUCGAAUAUCCAACCUAUCGACGCAUGUGUUAUGUUGUGUCAUGUGACUCGCUGCCACUCGGAAUAUUUGACCGUUGCGCUACUAAAAAAAAAUACAAUAUUUGUUAGAAACAAUGACUAAAUUAUUUCCUUCAUUUAAUUAUUUUCAAUGUGAACAUGAAGAGCACGUAAAUACUCUAAAGUCUAUCAAAGGUCGAAGAAUUUUUGCCUGCAUUUUAUUGUAAAAAUUCAUAGUUUGAAGUUCGAACGCGGUCGAGUGGAGGGAGCUCUCGCAUGGGAAUUCGUUCGAUUCAAAAAUUCGUUCUGCGUAUGUCAUCGUAUCGUAACGGAUUAUUUUCAAGACGUGCGGUUUGAACAGUGCACAGCUAAAUGCAUAUUGUUUACAUCUGUUAAUUUGUACUGUGUCGGUAUUUUCUUCGAUUUUUUAUUAAAAUAACCUUGUAGAGUAUGUACCACGUUAGUUGGUAAAAAAUCUUUUACACGAACCUCUAUUAAAUCAUCUCUUUUGAAUAACAGAUUCUAAGCAUCAUGGACAUAUUCAUAUUCGAAAAGAGUUUACAAGAACGACAAUCGGAAUAUCUGAAUAUUCUGUCAAACACAGAAGAGAAUGAGGUGAUUCCAUCCUCAAAAAUUUUCGGCGAGUGGAUGCUCUACAUAGACGUAGUGAUAGAGCCAACCGGGUGGCGUGCCCUUUGGAAAAUUCCCCGUUUGACGUGCGAAGAAUUCAAGAUUCGCUAUCCCACUAUUGUUGCUGUAACAGUCAAGCACCUCGAGCUGUCAAAUCUCACGGCUGUGGUUGACAUUGUAGCGGUUCAGGAUGAUAUUCAUUUGCCAGAAACAUGCGACGUUCCCUUGAAGGAGCUCUACCCAACGAAGGAACAAGGAAACAUUGUUUUGGAUAUUGAGCGUACAGCUGAAUGCCUUGAUCAAUUGCGUUUCUUUUAUAAUUACUUGUGGAGGCCUUGGGAUAUUGACGAUGAUCAUAGCAUAGGAUGGUGCGAGGCUCAUUUGGAAGACAGAUUGAGACUAUUUUACGAUAUGAAAUUAGGAAAUGUUAGUGGUAAAACGUGUGACGUUGUCAGAACAUUGAUGAGAGAGAGCAGAGACAUCGAAACAAGAAUUGCUCAGUUGGAAGAAGAAAUGACUGACUCUUUGUCCGAAGAGAGUGAAGAUGACAGCGAGGAAAGUAAAAAGAAUGAAAUGAGAACUUCUGAACUACUACGAUUAAAUUUGCGUUUGAGCCAUAUAAAAACAGAAAUGGAAGUAUUAGAAAAUCCAGAGAUGAGAGAUAUGUUUGUAAAAAACCAUACUUUCAAUGGUAAUGAAGGUGAAAUAAAAAGAAGAAAAAGUAGAGGUCAACAAAGGGAAGCUUACUUCAUUUGGCUGGGAGGGUCAUUACAAGACACAAUAGAAGCUUUCAAAUCUUGUCAAGAUUUUUUACCUGCUAAUAUAUUUACAAAAACUUCUAACAAUCUUCAGGAAGCCUUGGAUGUUUCUAAAACAGAAGACAUUAUCGUUAUCGGUGUUGGUGAACACAAUAUUCUGAGUGCUGGUAACUUGGAAAAUGGAGGAACAAUCAGAGGUUUAGGUAAAACAGAAUCAGUCAUUGUGGCUCCAAAAGAGACUGAAGUAGGACCUUGUGUAUUAGAUUUUUCUGGCCAAGAGACUGUUCUGGAAAAUUUGACAAUUAACUUAAAAAAUUUACAAUUUGGAAUAUUGGCAAGAAAAGGAACUCUGAUUUUAAAAAAUUGUUGUUUGAACAUUACAAAUGAAAGUGUGACGAAACAUGGUAUUAUUGUUUUGCCUGGUGCAAAACUUAUUGCAAAAGAAACAAAAUUCAUUGGUUUGGGUACAGGACUUGUUGUACACAGUGAAGCUCAAGCUACAUUGAUGAAUUGCAGCUUUGAAAAUUGCUACGAAGGAAUUCAGUUGAAUGAAAAAUCAAAAUUGUCUGCUACUGGAUGCAUAUUCACUGACUGCAAAGAAUAUGCAAUACGUCAAGAAGUUGAUGAACUAAACAAUUCCCUCAUCAGAGUUGGUGAUGUUGAUUUAUUAAGCCACAUUCCUGAUGUAUCAGUAACAAAUUGCACAUUCAUCAAUAUUGCUAUGGGUAAUGUGCAUUUAAGCUCUUGUUCAGAUAGAGUUUUACCAGUAAAACCAGAGGCUAUGAAUAUUCAAUAGUAUAUUUUUUUUGAUAAAAGAUUUUAUAUAAAAAAAGACUCGUAAAAUUAAAAAAUAUCG